GCUGCUCUCUGGGGUGAAGAAACACUUUAUAUUCCAGCAUCAGGAUGGGAAAGUGGUGGUCAGGAAUGAUGUGGUGGUCACUCACCUGACGAACAACUGCCUACGGUCGGUGUUGGAGCACAUAGCAGUCUAUGGCCAGGCAGUGUUCCGGCUGCAGAGUUUUAUAGACGAGGUAACGGGUCACAACACGGAGCCCUGCCCUCCAGGCUCCUACUCCUCUAAGCAGAGGACCGAGCCUCCCUUCAGGACGUACCAGGCUUUCGUCUGGGCUCUCUACAAAUACUUCACCUCCUUCAAACAGGAGCUCACCACCAUAGAGAGAGACCUCAUAGGCAAAGAUGAGACGGUGACCCUGGCGGGGGUGCUGGACAGACUGAGCCCUCACCUGGCCCAGAUCAAGGUGCUCCACAAGGUGUUCUGUACGGGUGUGGCAGAGGUCCCCUCUGAGACCCCUAACGUGGUGCGGGCCUCACACCUGCUCAACACACUCUACAAGGCUAUCAUAGAGUACGACAGCGUGGGAGAGGCAUCCCAACAGGCCGUGGCUCUGUUAUUCUCUCUGUGGACAGAGACAGUCAGACCGUACCUGGAGAUAGUGGAUGAAUGGAUCGUUCAUGGUCACCUGUUUGACCCCGCUAAAGAGUUCAUCAUUCAGAGGAACAAGGACGUACCAGUGAAUCACAGAGACUUCUGGUACGCCACCUACACCUUGUACAGUAUCUCAGAGACGGUGGAGAGCGAGGAGAAGCUGAGUGACGCGGCCAGCGGGAGCAGCGGAGGGGAGCAGGGAUCUAGGUCUCAGCUCACCAUGGUCUCCUUCCUCAAGCCGGUACUCAAACAGAUCAUCAUGGCUGGGAAGAGCAUGCAGCUCCUCAAGAACCUGGACUGUACAGAGGCUGAGCAGACCGAUGGCUCCACUAGAGAUGCAGAAAGGAAGAGCUUGUACACUCUUUUCCUGGAGUCUGUUCAGUCCCGCCUCCGUUGCCGGGACGACUCCCCCGCGGAUACGGUCACCGAGCAACAGGCCACAAAGCAGAGCCUGAUCAAGAUGCAGUCGAUUGUAGCUCAGCAUCUACAGAUGGAUGACAUACAUGACCCUCUACUGGCCAUCAACUUCGCCAGGCUGUACCUGGAGCAGAGUGACUUCCACGAGAGGUUCUCGGGCGGUGACGUGAUCGUGGACCGUUCGUCUGAGUCGGUGACGUGUCAGACAUUUGAGCUGACGCUGCGCUCCUGCCUCUACCCGCACAUCCAGAAGAGGUACAUCGAGUGCUGUGGCAACCUCAUGACCACCCUGAAGAAGGACUACAGGUAAAGUUGAUACGUCUGU